AUGCAGGAAAAAUACAUCCUAACUCAAUGUGUGCUGUCAUCUCCUGCAGGUCUAACAGCUCUGAUAGAAACCCAGCAGACUGUGCAUGCAGCUGUAGGAGAGGAAGCAUGCUUGAAAUGUUGCCUGAUGCAAUCUAGAGAUGUUCUGCAAGUCACAUGGCAGAAGAUUUUACCUGAUGGAGAGAAGAACAUGGCUACUUACAGUGAACGAUUUGGUGAAAGAGUGAAUGCUGGUUUUCAAAGUAAGCUGGCGUUUAAAGAUGCUGGACUGCAGAACAGCUCCAUAGUUAUCAGGAGGGUGAUGGAGGAGGAUGAAGGGUGCUAUCGCUGUAUGUUUAACACCUUCUCUGAAGGUGCUCUCACUGCUACAACCUGCCUGAAGCUCUAUGAGCUGCAUGGACCCUUUCUUCACGUCAGAGAAUCAACAGGUGUGUCCUGCUCAGCCACAGCUCGACCUGCUCCCACAGUAACACUGACUGUCCCUCACUACAACUCUACCAGCGUCACCAACACCAACGGCACAGUCACUGUCACCACUACAGCUGGGCUGUCUGGUCUCCAUGGCAAAAGCACACAGGUUGGAUGUGCAGUGAGAGUGCUCUCUGGUCCUCAGAUAGAGGUGUCUAUGAUGAUUCCUGAGGUCAAACAGUCGUCUGAUGAUGGUUUUGAUGAAGAAUCUGGAUCUAAUAACAAUUUCAUUCUGAUCAUCGUGUCCGUGGUUUUGGCCUGUGUUUGUGUUUGUGUUGUUGCUGCAGUCGUCAUCACCCUGCUUAUACGGAAACAUCGGAACCGUCGAUCACACAGGGACUCUGAGAAGAAGAACACACCACAAAAAGCAAUCAAAGACACUCAUGAUCGAUCACACGGGGACUCUGAGGAGGAGGAGACACCACAAAAAGCAAUCAAAGACACUGAUGAGACCAAAACACCUUUAAAGAAAGGAGAGAACGAGCUGCGGCAACGGACGCCUACUGAGAGAAAUCAAAACAACGACAACCCAAAACCAUCAUCUCUGGAAGGAAGAAAAUGAUCUUUCAACUCAGUUAACUAAUUAGUACCACAGAAUAACCCACAAGACUGUUAAUGCCACAACACAGAGAACAUGUCUGCACCAGGUCAUUGAUUCCAGCAGAUCAGUAGUUUUGAUUUUGAAAUAUAAUUUAGGUGAUAGUUUUAAUUCACUGUUGCAUCCAGAUGAAGCAUCCUUUGUUUUGUACGUCUUUUUAUACAUACAUUAUCUGCUGCUGCUUUUUGUAUUUUUAUAUUUAGAAUAUAAACUUCAUA